AGAAUCGGAAGUUUAGUCAGUCGGCUUGGUUAGAAAACCCCUAAAAAAAAUGAAAUACGAAAAUUGCUUGGCAACCGGCAACGUUUAAUCGAUAUUAAGGAUUUUUCAGAGUUUGUACUUUGGCAAGGUAUAGAAAACGACAAAUAUUUACUACUCAAUAACACAUUUCUAAAGGAAGAUAUAAAAAUUUAAAAUGAGCAAACUAGACGACCUUCUGGGCAAAAAGAAGACGGUGGUUCCCGUUUUGGACCUCAGUCGCAGCAAUAUCCAGACGGUCGAGGAGUUCAAGCGGCUGCUGGAAAAGGUGCCCGACUACAAGAUGCGACCGGUGAAGGUGCGCGCCGAGGAAAUAAAGAUCCGGGAGAAGGACUACGCCUUCAAGAUGCCCAAGAAGGAGAUGCGAAAGCUGAUGCGGGCCAAUGGGGAGCGGGAGGCGAUGUAUGCCUAUGCAGAUCCGGUGCCCAGUGAAAUGAAGGACGUGGUGCUGAUGGAACUCUGUGCGGUGCCCAUCGAUUGGAAGAUGCUGACUACCCUGAGGCCCAAGAACAAACAGGAGGAGGAGUACUUCAGCCGGAUGGUCGAGAUGGGAAAGUUGGAGCUGAAAACCGAGGCCCGCGAUCGCAGGGAGUUCGCGCUGAACAAUUGUGUGAAGAAAAUCAAGAACAAAUCGGGCAUUGUGGAAACUAGACUGAUGACCUGCGAGUCCUGCGGCGAGGAAAUGUGUUGUGGCAAGACUUGCGGCGACUUCAACUACGAUCUGUACAUUCGGGUCGAGGCCAGGGUGGUUAAGCCCAAACCAGCUGUAUUGUCCUCUAACAAGGCCAAAUUGAACGGCCGCAAAAAGUCAACGGUGGGCGGAACCAAGAUCAAGGUCAAAAAGUCCUCAAACAAAAACAAUUAAGACAAAUAUUUGAAAAAUAUUCAUUAUUAAACUACUUAGCUUUUGUAUCCAUGUUUGUUUGCUACUACAAUGUUAAAAUAUUUAUCAUAUUUAUCUUAAAACACAAAUAUUUCACAUUUAUGGAAUUUAAAAAGUCAUGAGACUUAAGGGCUACUGGAAUUUUUAUUUAUUUACUAUUCCAGCCAUGUGUAGCAUAUAAUAAAGUUGCUAAUUAACUAAUAAUGUGUAUGCCUUUUUGUAAAUCAAAGGUGUUAAAUGAAAAUAUCCGAGACUUAAUUAAAAACGAAGCUAGAUA